AUGUCAACUACGUCACCUUUACCACGAUUAAUGAACGAUACAGCUUCAACAAAUCCCCUCGAAUCACAAGUUCCAUAUUUUAAAGAUGAUUCAUCUGCGAAUGAGAGUACACAUAGGAAUGGAUGGCAAAGGUCUGGUCUAGAAGUAGGCCACGGGGAGACCAAUAGAAGUGGAAAUAGAAAUAUCGACCGCAAUACAAAUGGAGUUCCUGCGGGACCAGACACACCGAUUGUGGAUCGUGAUCAUGGAGUAGACGGGGUGGAUCAGCAGCCAGAUACACAGGAGACUGCAGUGGGCAAAGUCAGUGUUCGAGAUCGUAUUGGUUGUAUGACAUGGACCUGGUUCACAUUGUCAAUGGCAACUGGAGGAAUUGCCAACGUCCUUUACUCCAAUGAUAUCUACGGGAUACCCAAGACGGGCCUGUGGUUCCAGACUACCAUGCAAGUCUGUUUUUGGGCAUAUAGUACUUUAAGUGUAAUAGCGAGCUCUGGACUUUACCUCUUACUUUGGUCCACGCAAGAAUUCCCCAUCUCCAAUAUGACACCGCUCUGGACCUUCCCUGCCUACCCAUUACUCUUAAUUGGUCCAAUUGCAUCAAAUCUUAUUUCUACUCUGCCAGAUGCUUCUGCCGCUGCGCGUAUUAACUCUACUGCUAUCGCUUUUGGCGCAAUCUGCUUUCAGGCAACAGGUUUCCUUCUCAGUCUAAUGAUAUAUAGUGCUUUCAUGUAUCGAUUAAUGACGAAAAAGUUGCCACAAGAGACAACACGACCCGGAAUGUUCGUAUCUGUGGGACCUAGUGGGUUCACAGUAACCGCAGUCGUUGGACUAGCAAGUUCUGUCAGAACAAUCAUCUUGCCCGACGGAUAUAUGGGGAAUGUAGAUGGUCCCUUCAUUCUAUACUUGAUGGGAAAUCUCACGGGACUCUUCAUCUGGGGCUUGUGCCUUUGGUUUUGCCUUAUCUCAAUAGGUGCUCAUUGGCAAGUCGCGCGACCCAAUCAUCCUGAGCAUCACAUCAGCCCUGAUAUGACAUGGAAUUCAUUCGUAUUCCCAAAUACCGCACUGGCCACUGCGACGCUACAAAUUGGUACAGCAUUCGGUUCUAAUGCCAUUCGUAUCAUCGGCACUGUGAUUUCUGUUUUAUUGGUUAUUGUUUGGCUCUAUGUACUAGGUAUGCUAAUCAGAGCGCUGUUCUUGAAACGGCUACUUAUGCCGGGUCAACUUGACGGGGCGACAGCGCAAAGAAAAAAAUGGGCGAAUAAAGUGGGAAAUGCUAUAGGAAAGAUAUAA